AUGAUCAAGGGGUACAUGCAGCAGCACAACAUCCCGCAGCGAGAGGUGGUGGAUGUCACCGGCCUCAACCAGUCCCACCUCUCCCAGCACCUCAACAAGGGCACCCCCAUGAAGACCCAGAAGAGAGCUGCCCUGUACACGUGGUACGUCCGCAAGCAGCGGGAGAUCCUCCGGCAGUUCAACCAGACAGUCCAGGGUUGUGGAAAUAUGACAGACAAAGGCAGUCAGGAUCAGCUGCUGUUUCUCUUUCCAGAGUUCAAUCAGCAGAACCAGGGGGCUGCCCAGCUCGACGACGCCUGCUCUGAAACCCCCAGCAAGAAGAUGCGGCGCAAUCGGUUCAAGUGGGGGCCGGCCUCCCAGCAAAUCUUGUACCAAGCCUACGAGCGCCAGAAGAACCCCAGCAAGGAGGAGCGAGAGACCCUGGUGGAGGAGUGCAACAGGGCCGAGUGUCUGCAGCGAGGAGUGUCCCCCUCCAAGGCACACGGGCUGGGCUCCAACCUGGUCACCGAGGUCCGUGUGUACAACUGGUUUGCCAACCGGCGCAAGGAGGAGGCUUUCCGCCAGAAACUGGCCAUGGACGCCUACAGCUCGGGCCAGCCCCCGCACAGCAUGAACCUGCUGCUGUCCCACGGCUCCCCACACCACAACCAGCCCAGCGCCUCCCCGCCCAGCAAAAUGCCAGGGGUCCGCUACAGCCAGGCGGCGAGUGGCGAGGCGGCGUCCUCGGGGGCCAUCGGCCACCACGGCAGCGGUGCCAUGGUCACCACCAGCCAGGCUGUCCUGCAGCAGGUCUCCCCGGCCAGCCUGGACCCGGGCCACGGUUUGCUGUCUCCCGAAGGUAAAAUGAUCUCCGUGUCGGGGGGCGGGCUGCCCCCGGUGAGCACCCUGACCAACAUCCACAGCCUGUCCCACCACAACCCGCAGCAAUCCCAGAACCUCAUCAUGACGCCGCUCUCGGGAGUCAUGGCCAUCGCCCAGAGUCUGAACACCUCUCAGGCUCAGAGUGUCCCCGUCAUCAACAGCGUGGCUGGCAGCCUGGCAGCCCUGCAGCCGGUGCAGUUCUCGCAGCAGCUGCACAGCCCGCACCAGCAGCCGCUGAUGCAGCAGUCCCCCGGCCACAUGCCGCAGCAGCCCUUCAUGGCCACCGUCACCCAGCUGCAGAACUCUCACAUGUACGCGCACAAACAGGAGCCUCCCCAGUAUUCCCACACCUCCCGCUUCCCCUCGGCCAUGGUGGUGACGGACACCAGCAGCAUCAGCACGCUCACCAACAUGUCCUCCAGCAAGCAGUGUCCCCUGCAAGCCUGGUGAUGCUCCACACCUCGCUGCUUUCGCACAUAGCAACGGGAUCUUAUUUUCCACAACAUCCCGAGGGCGAGCUGCGCUCCCAGCCCGGGGGUCGCCUGCCAGAGCACAGCCCAGCAGCGAGGAGCCCGACACGGGGCCGGGGCUGCCGAGCCCGCCGGGGACCAGCCCGGAGCCGCGGUGCCCAGCCGGGACCUGCCUCUCCUUCCCUCCACGCAGCGUUUCCAAGAUGUGUCUUGGGGAUUAUUUUCCUGAAGUAUUUGCCUUCCAAGAGGCUCUCCCGAGGAACAAGGCACGAGCUGUGCUGGGAACUGGCGGAAGGGGAAGAUGGAUCAUGUUUAAGUUAUACUCCUCCACUCGGCGGACUGAGAGGGACCGGGGUCUGUUACUUGGCGUUUGGAGGGGAGGAAUUGCAUGUGUUGUUGAACUGAGCCAAUUAAACUGUAAAUAUAGGUACAGUCUGCUCCAUCCUCCCCCCUCCCCACUCCUAUACAUAGAGAUUUAUAUAAAAAAUAAGUAAAUUUUGUCCAAUGGAUGUAAACUAUUGUAAUUAAGUGCAAUUCCCCCAUCUGUAUAUAUUGGUCCUGAAUAUCUUCUCUUUCUCCA